AUGGCGAGUGAGGCCAGUGUGGAUGCGAGUGUUGGUUUGGGAGCGGGGGCUGCUCCGGGUUGGGGUGGUGCUCCGGCUCAGGGUCUUGAUGACUUAGUGGUGGGUUUGCUGACGCAGUUAUUGGCUCGUUUUCCGCCAGUGGUUCCACAGGGGGCUCCGGGAGUACCUCCAGUGGCAGAGGUGCAGCAGAGGGCUGCGGGAUUUGUUCAGCCGCAGGCUGUGGGUUUGGGUGCCGUCCUAUUUGGAUAUGAUGGGGCACAUGCAGAGGAUUGGUACGCCGUUUUGAGGGCGGAGUUAGCCAGAGGAGGCGGAGUGGCGUCAGAGAUUGGAGCGGAAUUUCCAGUCUAUCAGAUUGGUUUAGUACCAGGUGGAGUUGGCAGUCCACUAUCUGAGUGGAGAUGCACAUUUGUGGUGGCGGGCCAUCGAGGGCAUAAUGGUUGUUGUUGUUGUGUGUUGUUCAUUAUCUGUGAUAGAAUUGUGGAGGUUCUCAACGCAUUGAAUGUGUAG